AUGAAGAGGGGGAAAUCGAAGACUGACGCUCCCAAGAAGGCUGAUACCAAGCUUUCGGUGAAGAAGGGACCGGAACGAGCGGCAAAGAAGCCAAGGAAGUUCAAAGAUGGCAAGGAUCCCAACACGCCCAAGAGGCCUCAGAGUGCCUUCUUCGUCUUCAUGGAAGAAUUUUGGAAGAUGUUCAAGGAAAAGAACCCUAAUAACAAGUCAGUUGCAAUGGUUGCAAAAGCUGGAGGAGACAAGUGGAAAUCUUUGACAGAAGAAAAAGCUCCAUACGUAGCCAAGGCGGCAAAGCUCAAAGCUGGUUACACCAAAACCAUGGUUUCCUACAACAAAAGAAGUCGUGCUGCUGCCACAGAUGAAGCAGAAGAAGAAGGUGAGGAAUCCGACAAGUCAAAAUCCAAGGUGAAUGAUGAUGAUGAUGAAGAAGAGGAUAAAGAGGAUGAUGAAUAA